GAGCCGUCGCUGCGCUCGGCCCCGCUCCCAGGCAGGCUCCGGCUAGACGAUCCCAACCCAGGGCCAUGGCUGAGUGGGCGCCCGAGCAGGCUCUUGAAUGGGACAUGGAGUCCCAGGAUCUGUCACUUGAACAGCCUCUUGCUGUCCCCGAACCAACUUCUAUGGAAGAAGCAGAUCUUCAGACAGCAGAGAUUUCCCUUACGGUCGUGGCGGAAAUCCAAGCUGUGGACAGGAAGGUUGAGGUUCAGGCAGCACAACUGAUGAAUCUGGAGGGAAGAAUGAGGAUGGCAGAAACGAAACUAGUCGGUUGUGAGAAGACAGCGGUGGAGUUCGGGAACCAGCUGGAGAGUAAGUGGACUGCACUGGGAACUCUGAUCCAGGAGUACGGGCAACUGCAGAGGAGGCUGGAGAACAUGGAGAACCUGCUGAAGAACAGGAACUUCUGGAUCCUGAGACUCCCCCCUGGCGCUAAUGGAGAAGUCCCCAAGGUCCCGGUGACUUUCAACAACAACUCGUUUAAUUUCUCUGAGCAGGAGUGGAAGAGCUUGGACGAAUGGCAGAAGGAGCUUUACAGGCACAUCAUGAAGGGCAAUUACGAGGCUGUGAUCUCGCUGGACGCUGCCAUUUCCAAACCCGACCUCCUGUCCCGCAUUGAACGAGGGGAGGAGCCCAGUGUGGGAGAUCAGAGUGACUCUGAGGAAAGACAGAUCCCUGCAGAUCCCGGCCUGGGAUCUCCCGUUUCUACUCCCAGUGAGAGCUUGUGGACAAAAUAUGAGGAGCCGCCUGUCGUGAAUCAGGGAGUCUCUGAAGAGGGAGGGAUCCCUACGGACCUUGGCACAUACGAGCAGCAGUGUGGUGAGGAAGGUCCUGCAAACCUCGAUCUUCCUAGCCUGUUACCAGGAGACUGGGAAGAGCUUUUCUCCAGUCCUGAGGAGGAAUUGACGAAGGAGAGCCAGUCCAGCUCAGCGAUGCUGCAGAGAAACCCUCCCGGGAGUGGGCUGAGGCGAUCUGCUCGCCGUGGAAGAGAUUUAAUGAAAAAUGUCUCUGAGGAAGCACAUGCAGCAGAGGGGCCAUACAUAUGCUGCGAGUGUGGGGAAAGCUUCCUAGACAAACAGCUUUUUGCCACACAUCAGAGAAUCCAUGCAUCAGGGGGAGCCUGCACUUCUCUGGAGCACGGAGAAAACAUUAGACAGAAACCCAAAAUCACAACUCCGCCAAGAACCCAGGCGCCCGUCCGUUCAAAACCCCCUAAGCGUCCUGAGCCAGAGAAAAGCUCCAGUCUCAAAUACGGCUUCGUAAAACACCAGGCAAACCAUAUGGUGGAGAGGCCCUAUACAUGCACUCAGUGCAGGGAGAGCUUCAGUCUGGAGGUGAGUCUUAUCUUACACCAGAAACUUCACACGGGGAAGGGCGAUGGGCCCCUGACGUGUACGUAUUGCGGCAAGGACUUCCGGGACCUCUCCAAAGCGAUCCGACAUCAGCGGAUCCACACGGGAGAGCGCCCGUAUCAGUGCACGGAGUGCGGGAAAAGCUUCAUCCGCAGGGAUCAUCUCCUGAAGCACUGGCGGGUCCACACGGGGGAGACGCCGUACCAGUGCCCCGUCUGUGGGAAGAACUUCCGCUACAAGGAGUCGCUGAACUGCCACCAGAAAAUUCACACGCGGAACCCCCAGCCCCUGGAGGGCUCACAGCAGCUGGAGACGGGAACCCAGACCACCCUCCUCGGUGUGAAAAAAGAAAAUAAACAGUAGCUCCCCCCUGGGUGGGGACUGAGGGGCUGUUGCAUUUAAAAUGGAAGAAAGCAUGUGAGGUGCAGCACAACGGCGAAUGAACAGAAGCCACGGCCUGUCCUUGUGGCCGUGCUACGAAGCUUUGCUUCACUGACGUUUAAAUGGAGUUCCUCUUAAUAACUAUUGGGGUGAAAUCCACCCCAUGCAGGGGGCCAGCAGGAGGCCUAUGCACCACUUUAACCCUGUGGGGGUUGCAUGGGACUUAAUAGGCCUUGUGGACUUCACCCUUAGAGAAUAAAUGAGCUAUUCCCCGAGUUGCCAGCAGGGGUCAGCAUUUAGCAGGUGUUUCCUCACCUACCCUGUUUCUGGUGCAUAUUUAUAGGAGUGAUAUGAAUUUUCAAGGUCAUUGUUUCCCCCCACCAUUCCCAGCCAGCAGGCCAGUGGAUCUAGUAGAAGAGAAGAACUUGGCUGGGGAGGUGAUGCAGGGGUGGGGAAAGGGACACACAAAAAACCCCCAAGCGGGAAGAAGUGGAUGCAGAACCGGUCCUGGAAUGGGAAGCUAGAGGGGAUUGGAGCAGAGGGGACUGGUGGGAGGCAGAUGGACAUGGCUGAAGGCUGUUGGGUGGGAGAGUAACUCCAGAGGAGGAUGUGACUGCGGAGAUACUCUAUUCUCAUUCCACUCCCAAGGGGGUGAAAUUACUUACCAAGCAGGCUCUAGACUCUAUUUUGGACUUGGCCCAAUGGAAAGCUGCCUGUGAUUCAUUCAUAUGAACUUCCACUGAAGGUAAUUUUACUGGUCACAAGGGUAAGUGACACAAGAGAGAGCAACUUCUGCUAAACCCUGGAAGGGGUUGUUUUAGUUAAUGAUAUAUCAGAACUAGAAUAUUAUUCUAAGAUACAAUAAAACAUGUGGCACUAUACUUCACAGUUGAUCUAAGCUAUUUAAAUGUAUGAAAUAACUGACCCAAGUUUUUCAGACUUUUGUAAAUAUUGGUUGAAUUAUAUAAGAAAUAAGUGUUGUUAAGGAGUGACUGUAACUAGAUGUCUCUUUCUCUGUGUAAUGUCAGCUGCUGGUUUGUGGUUGUGUUUUUGUAAUACCUUUUUUGCAAAAUCUGUCAAUACAGUGUUUCCAUUCUGAAGCCCUUGUCUGGCGAAUCAGUGGCUGGAGCUCUGUCCUCCCUCCUUGCCAGUCUCAUCCUCUCCCCGCUGUAUAGUUUGUUCUCCCUUUCCCCCGCUCCCAUGCCUGAUGCUCGCUUGGCUGUACCUGUUAAGAGUUGCAAGUUUUCGUAGCACUUUCCUAGCAACCGAAUUAGUUUGUCAAUUGCAUGGUCUGAACUAGCUCCCGCUUGUAGUCAAUGAGAACAAUAUUGUCAAGGCCAAGCAUUGAAAA